AUGGCGCGCACGAAGCAGACGGCGCGUAAGUCGACGGGCGGGAAGGCGCCCCGCAAGCAGCUGGCCACCAAGGCGGCCCGCAAGAGCGCGCCGGCCACGGGCGGCGUGAAGAAGCCGCACCGCUACCGGCCCGGCACGGUGGCGCUGCGCGAGAUCCGCCGCUACCAGAAGUCGACGGAGCUGCUGAUCCGCAAGCUGCCCUUCCAGCGGCUGGUGCGCGAGAUCGCGCAGGACUUCAAGACCGACCUGCGCUUCCAGAGCUCGGCCGUGAUGGCGCUGCAGGAGGCGAGCGAGGCCUACCUGGUGGGGCUCUUCGAGGACACCAACCUGUGCGCCAUCCACGCCAAGCGCGUCACCAUCAUGCCCAAGGACAUCCAGCUCGCCCGCCGCAUCCGCGGGGAGCGUGCAUAAGCAGUUUUAAGCCACAAAAACUCACUUGGAGAAGAAACUAUCAUCAUCCCAAAGGCUCUUUUAAGAGCCAAUACGUAAACAAUCAAAAGAGCUGUGGCACUCUUUAUUGGAACUUAAUUCAGAACUAAACCUUACUUUAAGGUAUAGGUAUUGGGUAAAACAGACUACCCUUCUGAAAGUAGUCUAUAAAUUGGUUAUUAAUUAGUACAAACAAGGAGUAUCACGUUUCCUUUGCCGGAUCUCUCCCUACCCGCUAAGAGGCGCCCGCCCAGACAGCCCGCCCCAUACUGAAGUCCCCCUCCAGGUCUGCCCUCCUCCCCCACCCGCCUCAGCGGCCGAGCUGCCGUAGGACAAAGGAGCGGUGACAAAAGGGACGAGGAGGAAGGGGGGGCGCGGGAGCGGGCAGCGGCGGACGGCGCCGGGCAACCGCACCCCGUUCGGAGCGGAGCCGCCCGCUGCAAACAGCGGCGUCAUUGGCUGGGCCGAGAAGGAGAGGUGGGGCGGGAAGGGUCGCUGGGCCGUGGCGAUUGGUCAGGACGAGAUUCGCUCGGCCAUUGGCUGCGUCCUCCCCGGGAGCGCCUCGGCCUAUCAGGAGGCGCGGGCCGCGCAAAGGGAAGGGAUAUAAGGGCGGGCCGCAGGGCGCGGGUGAUUCACCCGGAGAGGGCGGUUCGUGAGGCGUGUGUGUGCAGCGCGCAGGGAGCGAUCGGCGAUGUCUGGGCGCGGGAAGCAGGGCGGGAAGGCGCGGGCCAAGGCCAAGUCGCGCUCGUCGCGGGCCGGGCUGCAGUUCCCCGUGGGCCGCGUGCACCGGCUGCUGCGCAAGGGCAACUACGCGGAGCGGGUGGGCGCCGGCGCCCCGGUGUACCUGGCGGCCGUGCUGGAGUACCUGACGGCCGAGAUCCUGGAGCUGGCGGGCAACGCGGCCCGCGACAACAAGAAGACGCGCAUCAUCCCCCGCCACCUGCAGCUGGCCAUCCGCAACGACGAGGAGCUCAACAAGCUGCUGGGCAAGGUCACCAUCGCGCAGGGCGGGGUGCUGCCCAACAUCCAGGCCGUGCUGCUGCCCAAGAAGACCGAAAGCCACAAGGCGAAGAGCAAGUAAAGAGGCCCCGGAGACAGGCGCGGAGCAGACCAGUAAAGCCCAAAGGCUCUUUUCAGAGCCACCCCCA